ACCUCUUAUCAACCCUAACGCCCCACCAGCGAUUUCUGUAGCGGAAGCUUCUCUGCGUCUCUCUUAGGGUUUCUGGCAAAGGAGGGGAAAGAAGAGAGUAACAAUGGCGGCGAAUGGAGCUCCGGCGACUAAACAGUUGUCCCAGAAGGAGGCUGACAUCCAGAUGAUGUUGUCUGCUGAGGUUCAUCUCGGAACUAAGAAUUGUGACUACCAGAUGGAGCGUUACGUCUUCAAGAGACGCAACGACGGAAUCUACAUCAUCAACCUCGGAAAGACAUGGGAAAAACUCCAGCUUGCUGCCAGGGUUAUCGUUGGCAUUGAGAACCCACAAGACAUCAUUGUCCAGUCUGCAAGGCCCUACGGACAGAGAGCUGUCUUAAAGUUUGCCCAGUUCACUGGCGCUAAUGCCAUAGCUGGAAGGCACACUCCUGGUACUUUCACCAACCAAAUGCAGACUUCCUUCAGUGAACCCAGGCUGUUGAUUCUUACCGACCCAAGAACUGACCACCAGCCAAUCAAGGAAGCUGCGCUUGGAAACAUUCCCACCAUUGCCUUCUGUGAUACCGAUUCUCCAAUGAGAUAUGUUGACAUCGGUAUCCCUGCCAACAACAAGGGAAAGCACAGCAUUGGUUGCUUGUUCUGGCUUUUGGCCCGCAUGGUCCUUCAGAUGCGAGGAACUAUUCGCCCUGCCCAGAAAUGGGAUGUCAUGGUGGACCUGUUCUUCUACAGGGAACCCGAGGAGGCCAAGCAACAGGAGGAGGAUGAGGCUGCUCCCCAGGCCGACUUUGGACUGCCUGCCCCUGAUUAUGGAGUCGGUGCCAUCGGAGACCAGUGGACCACUGCUCAGAUCCCCGAUGCCGCAUGGCCGGCCGAAGCCCAGCAACCGAUCCCAGCCGUUCCAGCUGUUGCUUCCUGGAGUGAAGCUGGGGUUCCGGUCGCCUCAGAUGGAUGGGAUGCUGUUGCCCCGCCGCCCGCUGCUGCUCCCGCUGCCAGUUGGGAUUAAAUUUCAGCCGUUUUUGGAUGGAAUCUGUUAUAUCAGGGAUAGACAUAUGUCUUUAAAUUGCCUUUGAGAUGGAAUAGCGGUCGGACUCUCGUUUUUUGUUUUUUCAUCUCUUGAGAACUUUUAAUGCUAGGGCUUUUACGUUUUUUUAUAAAAGUUUUUAUCA